AUGGCGGCCAGCCGCCGCCGCCACGCCCGCUCGCCGGCGGUAGCGCCGCUGGAAGACGACGACCUGCUCUCCGAGAUCCUCGUCCGCCUUCCCCCGCAGCCCUCCUCCCUCCCGCGCGCCUCCCUCGUCUGCAAGCGCUGGCGCCGCCUCGUCUCCGACCCCGCCUUCUGCCGCCGCUUCCGCCUCCGCCACGGCCGCAACCCUCCUCUCCUCGGUUUCUUCGACAUAUUUUGUGACAUCUCCUUCAUACCUACUCUGGAGGCCCCCGACCGUGUCCCUCCCGGCCGCUUCUCCUUGCAGCUCGACGACGGGGACGGCGACUUCAUGUCCCUUGGAUGCCGCCAUGGUCUCGUGCUCAUCUACCUUAGGAAGCGCCUCCAGAUCCUGGUGUGGGACCCCGUCACCGCCGACCAGCACCGCCUCGCCAUUCCCCCUGUGGUUGCGGCAUGUAGGGGGGAGACUCUGAUCAACGGGGCGGUGCUUCGCGAUGCUGGAGACGUCCAACACUUCCAGGUGGUCUUGGUAGUGGCAUAUGAUGACGACCAACAACACAGACAAGCGCUCGCCUGUGUUUACUUGUCGAAGACAGGCUUAUGGGGAGAUCCCAUCAAAACACUCCUUCCACACCAGGCAGUCCAAGCCGAUGUAAUCAGUUUUCCCACCGUGGUUUCUACAGAUGUUGCUGUGCUGGCUGGAGAUUCCCUUUACUGGCUGCUUGUUGGGAAUUUCACUGGCAUUCUCGAGUUUGAUUUGGAGAAGCAGAGGCUAGCUGUGAUACGACUGCCAAAGGAGGUCAGCUGCUGGAAGCUUAUGCGGGCAGAGGGCGGUGGGCUUGGUCUCCUCAGGAUGCCAGAUUCAAACUGCAACACCCAGUUAUGGAAGAGGAAGACCAAUUGUGAUGGUGUUGCUUCAUGGGUGCUUGGAAGGACUAUGAAUCUGGAGAAUAUACUUCCCCUGAAACCAGAGGAGAAAGGGGCCAUUGCGAUACUAGCGCUUGCUGAAGGCAAUAAUGUGUUGUUGCUGUGGACUAUUAUCGGCCUCUUCGUGGUCAAUCUUGAGUCAUUAAAGUUCAAGAAGCUUUUCAAAACUAUGAUAGUUUCUCAGUAUUAUCCAUUUGAAAGUGUCUACACUGCAGAAACAGACAUUGGUGGUGGACAUGAUGGAGUUGAUCUUUUGCACAAGACAUAA